AUGCCUCCAGCACUUUUGUAUUGUCUGCUGGCAUUUGUUUUUAUUGAUCGAGCUAGAACAAGCCCCGAUGAGCCACAGCUUACAUUUGAAGAUCUUUAUUUAUAUGGGAAGUACGACUAUACGGAUGGGAACUGGCCCUCCUGCGUUGCUUUCAUGAGGAGGGCAAUGGAAGACUUCCAGUAA